AUCUUUCCAAAGAGAAUACAAUAGACAACGCUCAUCUUUCUUUCUUCGCUGCUUCGCUCUGAGAACGGGGUCCGGUGUGACGAGAGCUGCCAAAAAACUUUAUUUUGUAUUAUUAAAAAUCAAAAGUUUUUAACAACACAGAACAGACAUCGUUUCAGCCACUGACCAUGUCGGAACCUGGGAGAGGUCGUUCCCGUGGGCGUGCAGGAAGAGGUGGUGACAAUGCUGGGCCGCCUCCCCGUAAACCCGGCGAACAACAGCAACAGAGGCCCCCACAGCAACAGGGGCCACCAGGCCCCCGGCCACAGCCACCAUCCGCUUUUGGUGCUCCCGCACUGGGGCCGCCAGUGCGGGCUGGUGUGCCUACGCCCGCCCCGCCGGCUGGCCGCGCCUCUCUCCGACUAACACCAACAACACAUCAGGAACACCCUGGUGAUGUUGACGUACAAGAGAGGAUGCGGAGCAUGCAAAUCAGUGCUGCUUCACAAGUUGGUGCUGGUGAAAGCUCCUCUGUGAUUGGCCGUGGAUCUCGCCGUGGCGGGGGCAGGGUUUUACCUGAACAAAUGACAAUUUUGCGCACUCGCCCAACAACAAUUCAAACGAAGAAGGGAACCUCGGGAACCGUGAUAGAUCUGAAGGCAAAUUACUUCACUGUUAACACAACGCCCCAGUGGCGCCUACACCAAUACCAUGUCGAUUUUUCCCCAGAAGAGGACAACACAGCUGUACGCAAAGGCUUACUGCGUGUCCAUGCUAACACUCUAGGAGGGUACCUGUUUGAUGGAGCAGUAUUGUAUACUGUUAAGCGCUUACACCCUGACCCAUUAGAGUUGUACUCUGAUAGGAAAACUGAUGGUGAAAGGAUGCGAAUUUUGAUAAAGUUGACAUGUGAUGUAAGCCCAGGGGACUAUCACUACAUUCAAAUAUUUAAUAUAAUUAUAAGGAAAUGUUUCCAAUUGUUAAAUCUGCAACUUAUGGGCAGAGAUUACUUUGAUCCUGUCGCUAAGAUUGAUGUUCCUGAGUACAGAUUACAAAUAUGGCCAGGAUACAAAACCACAAUCAAUCAGUAUGAAGAUCGAUUACUGAUGGUAACGGAGAUUACCCACAAGGUUCUCCGUCUUGAUAAUGUGUUGCAAAUGCUCAGUGAAUACGCUGCAACAAAAGGCAGCAAUUAUAAAAAAAUAUUUUUGGAAGAUAUUGUCGGUAAAAUUGUCAUGACUGACUAUAAUAAAAAAACGUAUAGGGUUGACGACGUAUCAUGGCAAGCAUCGCCAAAAUCAACUUUCAAGAUGCGUGAUGAAAAUAUUUCCUACAUGGAAUAUUAUCAGAAGAAAUACAACAUCCGCAUCCACGACGGCGGGCAGCCGCUGCUGAUCUCGCGCUCGAAGCCGCGCGACAUCCGCGCCGGCAUGCCGGAGCUGGUGUUCCUGGUGCCGGAGCUGUGCCGGCAGACGGGGCUGACGGACGACAUGCGCGCCAACUUCAAGCUCAUGCGCGCGCUCGACAACCACACCAAGAUCGGACCUGAUGUACGCAUUCAGAAACUAUUGAAGUUCAACCAACGUUUGACCAGUUGUCGUGAAGUGGUUAAGGAAAUGGGUGAUUGGUCUCUUACUCUUUCCCAUGAACUUGUCAGCUUUAAAGGUCGGCAACUUCCCCCUGAAAAUAUAGUCCAGGGAAACAAUGCCAAGUACCCAGCUGGCGACACAACAGAAGGAUGGACAAGAGAUAUGCGCUCGAAACCUCUAUUAGAUAUCUCACAAUUGCCAUCAUGGGUGGUCAUAACCCCAGAAAGACAACGUCGAGAUUCAGAAGGAUUCAUAGAUUUAAUUAUGAAAACUGCUGGGGGUGUAGGUUUCCGAAUGCCGAGACCCGAAAUAAUACCCAUCAGGAAUGACGGACCUAUGGAAUAUGCAAAUGCUUGUGAGAAUGCAAUUGCCCGCAAGAAUCCCGCUAUGAUCCUGUGUGUUUUGGCACGCAAGUUUGCAGACAGGUAUGAAGCGAUAAAAAAAAAAUGCACGGUAGAUCGUGCUGUGCCUACUCAAGUAGUUUGUGCUCGAAAUAUGACCAGCAAUUCGGCAAUGUCUAUUGCAACUAAAGUUGCGAUACAGAUUAAUUGUAAGCUGGGUGGUGCUCCGUGGCGGGUGGAGAUACCUCUUCAGAGCAUUAUGGUCAUCGGCUACGAUGUCUGCCAUGACACUCGCUCUAAAGAAAAGAGUUUCGGUGGAUUUGUUGCAACUCUUGACCGGCAUUUGACGCGCUACUUCUCAGCGGUGAACUCGCACACCUCGGGUGAGGAGCUCAGUGCCCACAUGGGCUUUAAUGUGGCCGCAUCUCUACGCAGAUAUAGAGAAAUAAACGGUGCGCUGCCACAGCGGAUAUUUAUAUAUCGGGAUGGUGUUGGCGAUGGCCAAAUUCCCUAUGUACAUAGUCAUGAGGUGGCAGAAAUAAAAAAGAAAUUAAGUGAGAUAUAUGCAGAAAUGGAAUACAAGAUGGCUUAUAUAAUCGUUUCCAAGCGUAUCAACACACGUAUAUUUUUGGACCGCGGCCGCAAUGGUGAGAACCCGCGUCCGGGUACAGUAAUUGACGAUGUUGUGACACAGCCGGAAAGGUACGACUUUUACCUGGUGUCACAAAACGUUAGAGAAGGCACAAUCUCUCCUACCUCCUACAACAUAAUUGAGGAUACGACUGGACUGCACCCUGAUAGAAUGCAAUGGUUGACUUACAAGCUGACUCACUUGUAUUUCAACUGUUCUUCUCAAGUGCGUGUCCCGUCUGUGUGCCAAUACGCCCACAAACUGGCGUUCUUGGCUGCAAACAGCCUUCAUAGCCAGCCACAUUACACUCUCAGUGACACGUUAUAUUUCCUGUAAAAACGAUGGCAUUAAGGCGGGGGUCCAGACAUGUAACAUUUGCCCGAUCCGACCACCGUAUCGUAUCAAGCACCGUAUCAAGUUGUGGACGCCUCCGAUUUGCUCCGUAUGAUAGACAAAAACCGACACGACAUGGGACGAUAUCAUAACUCGGAUAUCAUAACGGCGUAUCGAGAUCGCGUAUCAUUAUCCGUCCACAUAUGUGAUCAUGAUACGCGUUGAAGAUACGGAUACGAUGAUCAGUUCGGACAAAUGAUACAUGUCUAAACCCACCGUUAUGUGUACGUGUUAAUUCUAGGAAUGCCCUCACCUAUUGUGAUUAAAGAAAACCUGACUGUUAGAAUAUUAUGACAAUAUAGUUAGUUUUUUGGUCCUGUGGACAGUAAAAUUAUAUUUUCUUACCAAACUGGGUAAACCUAGUUGGUUUUAAAAAGUACUCGUAAGUUUUUGAACGACAUUACUCAAAAGAAGUAUAAUAACAAGAACACGAAUUUUAGGUUUAGUUGGGACUUGUGUUUACGCAAUCCGUUCUGAUUUUGAUUACCUCAUUUCUUAUUUUUGUACGAUCUUAAGAGUAGUUGUUGCAGAGGCAGCUCGUAACCUGCAACGAAACUUGUUAUGUUGAUUAUAUUUUAGUUAAACCACGCUCUAGUCGCCUGCCACCGAGCAAAAAGUGCUUAUGACGUGAUGAAUGUUGUUAAAUUUUAUCUUGUGUUGAUUUUUGCAAUUUAACUGUGUAUAAAAGUUGAAAUUUCGACGUGUGUACGAAGUGCUUUCAUCAGUCAUUGUAAAAUUGCCAUAAAACUUAUGCCAAAGGCAUAGAUAGCAUUUCGCUACUUUUAAGUUCUUUAGAUUAUAAGUACGUACAUAAGUGAGAUUUAGUAUGUAAGGAUUUUUUAAUAGUUGAAUAAAUUUUAUCUGUCGACUAAAUUUACCAGUUGUUAGGAAAUCUGACAACCUAAAACUAAUAUUAUAUAGAUAAGAUUUACUCGACUUUUGAACAAUCCCCAAAGAAGUACACUUCAUGCUGAUGUUGUUCCAAACAUUCCAAGCGAUGGGUUAUUGUGUAGACCAUGGGCAUUGUCUAAAUUGCCUCUUUCAUUACUUUCAUAUGUUUCUCUUUAAUAAUUUCAACCUUUGUUUUAAGUACAAGUGACUUAUUGCAGAUAAGAACUUAACUUGUAAAUACGUCUUGGACCAUGAUGGCGGAGACUCAUUAUCAACAGCACCACUCGAUUUAAAUUUUCAUUGUCUGGAGAAGACAUGUUACCACUUUGUGUGUAGAUAGUUCGGGUUAUUCGUCAACUCAACCGUGUUCUAUAAAGUUGUUCUUAGAUCGAGAGCCAGCGAACGCCAGAUCUACGUUAUUUUAUAAAGGCUGAAACUUGUGUGCUCAUCUACCUUACAGUGUAGUGUUUUGUUCAUACGAAAGACUAAGUUUGACGACCGACACGGUGGCUUUGGAAAAUAUAAAAGAAAAGAACUUCACCUAACCGAUUUUUUUAAGAGUCGUAUUCUCGUUAUUAAUAAAGAUUACAUCAAUACAGACCACUUUUUCUAUGACAGCAAUUAUUCAUCUCAUACAGGAGAAAAGAUAUAACGUAACCUUUAAACAUACUCUGAUGUUCUAUCUACAUAAUGUCUUGUCUCCUGCAUGAAAUCAACGAUUGCUGUCAUAUAAAAAGUGCUCCGUAUUGAUAGAUUCUUUAUUAAUAAAGGAGGAUAAAAAAAAUUGGUUGGUUGAAGUUGGGUAAAGUAUUUUUAUACUUUCCAAAGCCGCCGUCAGCCAAGCUCCGUAGUAAAGUAGUCUAUCGUUCACACCCAAUGUAAGGUAGAUGCACAUACCAAGUUUCAGCCUUUAUAAAAUAACUAGCUUUCGCCCGCGGUUUCAUCCGCGUCCCGUAGUGACAAUAACUAUCCUAAAACCUUCUCCCGGGUAUAAUUGUACUCCCCUCUAAUUUUCAGACAAAUCGGUCAAGCCGUUUUCAUGUUAUGUCGUGACAACGGAAAGCGGGUUUCACUUUUAAACAUACAGACGUAGGUCUGGCGUUCGCUGGCCCUUGGGCUAUCUGUAAACUACGCCAUUUAAAGUAAAUAUUAAGUUCUUCAUUUGU